AUGAAGUUCUUCUCGGUUCUCUUGCCUGCGGCCCUCCUACAGGUGGCCUCAGCCCAUUAUACCUUUCCUGCCAUUUCAUCUGGCGGCCAAAGCUCCGCCAAUUGGCAGAAUGUCCGCCAAACAGCGAACUACCAGACGACUGGUCCAAUCACCAACGUGGCCAGCUCCCAGAUGACCUGCUACGAACUGAGUCCGGGCAGGGGCGCGCCUGGAACUCUGGCUGUCACUGCUGGCAACACCGUCUGCAAGUUUAAUUUCCAAGACGAUGCCUUCACUUCCAGCCCUCCUAUCUUUCAUCCUGGCCCUGCGAUCGCUUACCUGGCUCGGGUUCCUUCCGGACAGACCGCCGCUACAUGGAACGGCCAGGGUGCAGUCUGGUUCAAGGUCUGGCAGGAUAAUGCGUCCAUCUCUUCCGGUGGCAUCAGCUGGCCCAACAUGAAUGCCGGCUCCGUGAGCUUCCCGCUCCCCCGCUGCCUUGACAACGGCGAGUACCUCGUGCGAUUCGAGCACAUUGCUUUGCACUCCGCUUCGAGUUCUGGCGGUGCGCAGCUCUACCUGAGUUGUGGUCAGAUUCGAGUCUCUGGUGGCUCUGGUGGUUACAAGCCCGCACGCCUCCUCAGCUUCCCCGGUGCCUACAAUGCGAACGACCCUGGACUGCUGCUCAACAUUUACUACCCCGUCCCAACCUCGUAUACGUGA